AUGUCGCACGCCAAUCCCGUCUCGGACGACCUCAUCUGGCUCCUCACGAGGAAGCAGAACGCUUACAUCCACAAGAGGCGUGGGGCGGGGAGGGUGUUCUCUGUCGAGAGGGGAAAUAUGAUGGGCAUCAGCUCCCCCAAGUACUCAGGCCUCGCCAACCGGGCCACGCUCGACAUCUCCUCUCACCCGUCCGGCCGCGGCUUCACCAUCGCCUACCGCGAGCCCAAGACCUCGCCGUACGCUGUCAAGAGCGGCAUCGAGACCAAGGAUCUCAAGGGCGGCAAGAAGGAGGCCAAGAAGGAGGUCGUCAAGCUGCUCGACUCGAUUGGCCGUCCUGAGCUGUACCAGACGGCUCUCGCCCGCAUCGACGCCAUCUCAGCCUCGCAGAACACGAACCGCAAGCCGCAGCGCGUUCGUGCCGCUCGUCCCGUCUACAGCGAGAGCGAGUAG